ACUUUCCAAUCAGCGUCCGGAACAUCCAGGCUUGUGAUUCAAACUGCGGCGCGGCGAGCUCCGAGUCGGCGCCGGCGUUGCCGGGCGACUGCUGUGGGUUUGGGAAUGGAGCACCGUAUCGUGGGUCCCGGGCCGUACCGGGCCACCAAGUUGUGGAACGAAACAGUGGAGCUCUUUCGUACCAGGAUGCCUUUACGGAAACAUCGCUGUCGUUUCAAAACUUAUGAGCACUGCUUCACAGCAGCUGAGGCUGUGGACUGGCUACAUGAGCUUCUGAGGAACAGUCAAAACUUUGGGCCCGAGGUAACUCGCAAGCAAACAGUCCAGCUGCUAAAAAAAUUCCUGAAGAAUCACGUGAUUGAAGACAUCAAAGGAAAAUGGGGUCAGGAGGAUUUUGAAGACAACCGGCACCUCUACAGAUUUCCUCCUUCCUCACCCCUGAAGCCAUAUCCAAAGAAGCCCCUGUAUCAAAGAGAUGUUAUUAAAUUUCCAGAGUGGAAUGAUCCCCCACCAGGCACUUCACAAGAGAAUAUUCCAGUGAGGCCAAUUGUGAUGAAUUCUGAGAUGUGGUUCAAGCGCCAUAGCAUUGCAAUUGGAGAGGUGCCCGCUUGCCGUCUCGUCUACCGAAGACAGCUGACCGAGGCCAAUGUGGAAGAGAUCUGGAAGUCUACAACAUUAUCACAUUUACAGAAAAUCCUUGGCCUGGAUUCCUUAGAAGAAGUUUUAAACGUCAAACUUGUCAACUCCAAGUUCAUCAUCCAUAAUGUGUAUAGUGUCAGCAAGCAGGGAGUCGUCAUCUUGGACGACAAGUCAAAAGAACUUCCUCAUUGGGUCCUGUCAGCUAUGAAGUGUUUGGCAAAUUGGCCCAACUGUUCAGACUGGAAGCAGCCAAUGUACUUGGGAUUUGAGAAAGAUGUCUUUAAAACUAUAGCGGAUUACUAUGGUCACCUGAAGGAGCCACUGCUGACAUUUCACCUAUUCGAUGCUUUCGUCAGUGUCCUAGGUUUGCUACAGAAAGAGAAAAUGGCAAUUGAAGCAUUUCAGAUUUGUUGUCUCCUUCUGCCUCCUGAAAACAGGAGAAAGUUACAGUUGUUGAUGAGGAUGAUGGCAAGGAUCUGCUUAAACAAAGAGAUGCCACCGCUGUGUGAUGGCUUUGGCACCCGCACUCUGAUGGUUCAGACGUUUUCCCGGUGCAUCUUGUGUUCGAAGGAUGAAGUAGACUUAGAUGAGUUGCUAGCUGCUCGGUUGGUGACAUUUCUGAUGGACAAUUACCAGGAGAUUCUGAAAGUUCCUCUGGCCCUGCAGACCUCCAUAGAAGAGCGUGUGGCUCAUCUGCGAAGAGUCCAGAUAAAAUAUCCAGGAGCUGAUAUGGAUGUCACGUUGUCUGCGCCUUCCUUUUGCCGUCAAAUUAGUCCUGAGGAAUUUGAAUACCAAAGGGCGUAUGGCUCUCAGGAGCCCUUGGCAGCCUUGCUGGAAGAAGUCAUAGCAGAUGCCAAACUCUCCAACAAGGAGAAGAAGAAGAAGCUGAAGCAGUUUCAGAAAUCUUACCCUGAAGUCUACCAGGAACGAUUUCCUACCCCAGAAAGUGAAGCACUUCUCUUUCCUGAAAAACCCAAGCCCAAACCGCAGCUGUUCAUGUGGGCGCUGAGGAAGCCUUUCCAACCAUUUCAGAGAACAAGAAGUUUCCGGAUGUGAUACAGUGACCGAGUUUUAGAGACCUCAGUGGUAGAGACAGUUUUGAGUCAGUCAAGGUUGAAGAAUGCCAAGUCAUAAACUACUGAAAUAAUGGAGUUUCAGAGAAUCAGUCAGGUGAUCUGACUCUUAAAAUGUUGAGCCGUUGUCAGUAUUUUUAUAAAUCUCAAUGCUGUUUUUAGAGAUGUACAAAUCAAUGGAUGGUUACAAGCCAAGUGUACAUGGUGGUGUAACAGUCUUGGGAUUGUUACAAAAUUCCCUUCCUUCUGUUUGUUGUUUUCCAUGGUGUGUAAAGUUCUUGUGUGUGUUUUCUACUCACUGACACCUCUGGUGAAACCAAGCCUACGAUUAAUGUAUAUACUUGAAUAAGAACCACACUGGGUGCUGUUACUGUGGUGGCAUUGACUCAGUUGCCAAUUGUGAUUUCUCCUAUGUGAAUCCCAUUUUGUUGUUGUUGUGCAAAAGUCCCUACUGUCUUGCAUUGUGAUGGUAGUGCCUUUUAUUGCAGAUUUGUCAGUUGCUGUGAGAUUUACUACCAUCGGCUCGUUGAUGACCCAUAUAUCAGUCUGCAUGUGCCUAUAUGUGGAGUAGAUUUGCAUCUGCCACAGUCAUGUAAUUUGAGUCUUAGCUAAAGACGGACGGUUGAGCAGGAUAAAUUCUUUGGAUUCCCUUAGACCUGUAAAUCUAAAUUAAAUCUUUGUUUGCUUUUAUGAAAAGUAUAAAUGGUAAGAUGAAAUUACUUCCUUUCUGAAUAUAUUUUCUCAGCUUCUUCAUCCUUUUGAAAGUAAAUGGAAUGUAAAUAAAUACUGAGUUUUUUUUUAAUAUGA